GACCCAGAGGCGGGCGCCACCUCUGACAUCCUCUGAGUUUCUGGGUCUGCUGGCCGCCUGGGGGCGCCGUGGCCUCGCACCGCCCCAGCCGACCCGUUUCCGGGACAUGGGCCCAGCUCCGCCAUCGCCGCCGCCGCCGUCGCCGCCGCCGAGCGCGCUCUUGCCGCGCGCUUCCCGGUGUACCGCUCCCGUUACCGAGGCAACGGCGGCGCCUCCUGCGCACCAGCCGGGAUCCUCUCUCGGCGCCAUUUUCAAACUGUCCUAGCGCUGGAGCCAGUGUUUGGGGCGGAAACAGCCAAGGAAGAAGGCAGGCUCGAGGGCGAUGCUACAGCAGGCGGAGGGGGCGGCGGCCGGAGCUGCGGGAUGUGAGGAAGUAUUAUUUCUGAAUAACCAAAGUUGGUCCCAGACAAAGAGAGAUGUUUGAGUGGUGAAGGCCUGCUAGUUCUCGGUUUGACAGGUGUAAUUCUGACAUCUCCGGGAGUUUCUCUCUAACACCGUGCAUCAGUCAGCCUCCUUUUGUGGAAGGAACCUAGAAAGUCCAAAGGGACACCACUCAGAAGAAGAGCUUAGGGAGAGUGGAAAAAGACAGAUUGACAGAUUGGUAGAAUGGAGUAAUCAAGGACAGGUACACGUGAUUGGGACUUUAAUUUUUGGAAGCGAAUAAAACUGGUUUUGGAAGACAAGAUGACUACAGCUGCAGAAAGAAAGUAUAUUAAUAUUAGAAAAAGACUGGAUCAGCUGGGAUACCGCCAGACUCUGACAGUGGAGUGUUUACCUUUGGUAGAAAAACUUUUCAGUGACCUAGUUCAUACAACAGAAAGUCUUCGGAAAUCAAAAUUAUCUGCUGUGAAAGCUGAAAAGGAAAGUGCCAAUUUUGAUUUUCUCUUGGAACCUUAUAAACUUGAAAAUACAAGAUUGAGCAGGGAAAAUAAUGAAUUAUACCUGGAAUUAAUGAAACUGAGAGAACAAUCAGCCCAGGACAUUAAAGAGUUGAAAACCACAUUGAAGAAGUGUGCACGUGAAACAGCUGAUCUGAAAUUUCUAAAUAACCAAUAUGUUCACAAACUCAAACUUGUGGAGAAAGAGAGUAAAGCUAAGAAUGAAAAAAUUCAACAACUUCAAGAGAAGAAUUUGCAUGCUGUUGUACAAACUCCAGGUGGCAAGAAAAGAAAUAUUGCUUUCAGGCGCCAGCGUAUGCAAAUCGACGAACCAGUCCCUCCUUCUGAAGUCACUUCCUAUCCAGUUCCUCAGCCAGAUGACCCUUACAUUGCAGACCUCCUACAAGUGGCUGAUAAUAGAAUUCAAGAGCUUCAACAGGAAGUCCAUCAGUUACAAGAAAAACUAGCAGUGAUGGAAAGUGGACUGAGAGAUUACAACAAGCAGAUUGAGCUGAGAGAAAGGGAGAUAGAACGGCUGUCCAUCGCACUGGACGGCGGCCGCUCCUCGGACAUCCUCUCUCUGGAGAGCAGAAACAAAUCCAACGAAAAGCUCAUCGCACAUUUAAAUAUUCAGGUUGACUUUCUUCAGCAAGCUAAUAAAGACCUGGAGAAGCAUAUACAAGAGCUUAUGGAAACCAAGGAAACAGUGACCACUGAAGUAGUUAAUUUAAGUAACAAAAAUGAAAAACUCUGCCAAGAACUAACUGAAAUAGACCAUUUAGCACAGCAGUUGGAAAGACAUAAAGAAGAAGUGCUUGAGACUGCCGAUAAAGAACUUGGGGAAGCAAAGAAAGAGAUUAAAAGAAAUCUUUCUGAGAUGCGGAAUCUUGAAGAAACAAUGGCAAAACUUCAACUGGAAUUAAGCUUAUGCCGUAAAGAGAAAGAGAGACUGAGUGAUGAACUCCUUAUAAAAUCAGACCUGGAAACUGUUAUUCAUCAGCUUGAACAAGAAAAGCAAAGACUUAGCAAAAAAAUUGAAAGUUUUGGAGUUACAGAAAGAGAACUUACUUUGGAAGUUGAGAGGAUGAGGCUGGAGCAUGGGAUAAAACGUCGAGACAAGUCACCUUCUCGUUUAGAUGCAUUUCUGAAAAGUAUAGAAGAAGAACGAGAUUUUUAUAAAAAAGAGCUCGAAAGACUCCAGCAUAUAAUACAGCGAAGAUCUUGCUCUACAAAUUGUUCUGUACGUGAAAAAAUUCCAACAUCUAAAAUGCUAGAAAAGGGUGAUUACAAUUGUGAAAUUCAUCUGAUCGCAAGAGAAAGAGAUGAACUUCAGCAUAUGCUGGAAAGAUUUGAAAAACAUAUGGAGGAUAUACAGUCCAAUGUUAAAUUAUUGACAGCAGAAAGAGAUAAACUGAGUGUUUUAUAUAAUGAAGCUCGGGAAGAAUUAUCUUUACUACGACAAGAAUCCUCCCAAAGCACAGUCUCCCAUAAUAUUGUUAGUCUUAUGGAAAAGGAAAAAGAAGUUGCAAUAUCUGACUUAAGAAGGAUUUUGGCAGAAAACGAAGCUUUAAAAGACAAGCUAAAAACUCUCCAGGAAAUGAAUCUUUUUGGAAAAUCAGAAUUCGAGAAAACUAUUGAACAUUUAACAUAUGUUAAUCACCAGCUUGAAAACGAGAACUGUGAAUUAAAGUCUAAAAUGUUAGUAAUGAAAGAAUCGAUGGAGUCAUUAGAGAACAAAGCAAAGCUCCAAGCUCAGAAACUCAGCCAUGUGGCCGGUGACUCAUCUCUUCAGAAGACAGAGAUGAACUCACUUAGGAUAGUAAAUGAGCAGCUACAGCAGUCACUUGAUGAUUAUCAGCACCGACUUUCCAUAAAAACAAGUGAACUUGAAUCAGCCCAAGCACAAAUAAAAAUACUGGAGGAAAAUAUAGGUAAACUACACCUUAAAAUGACUUCACAGGAUCAAGAGGCUCAUGUAAUGAAAAAGACCAUUGGUGUUAUUGAUAAAGAAAAAGACUUUCUUCAGGAAGCUGUAGAUGAGAAGACAGAACAGAUUGCAAACUUGCAGGAAAACCUUGCUAAUAAAGAAAAAGCUAUUGCUCAGAUGAAGAUAACGUUCUCUGAGUAUGAAUCUUCUCUGAACCAGCUGAAGGAAACACUGACAAAUCGGGACCGUGAGAUAGCCAGCCUCCGGCGCCAGCUUGAUGCAACUAACAAAGAACUUGAAGAAGUAGGAAGAGCUAAAGAAAUAUCUUUUAAGGAAAAUAGAAGAUUACAGGAUGAUCUGGCUACAAUGGCAAGAGAAAACCAGGAAAUCUCAUUGGAAUUGGAAGCAGCAGUGCAGGAAAAAGAAGAAAUGAAGAGUAGAGUUCAUAAUUACAUAACUGAGGUGUCACGAUGGGAGAGCCUAAUGUCCGCUAAGGAAAAAGAAAAUCAAGAUUUGUUAGACAGAUUUCAGAUGCUUCAUAACCGUGCUGAAGACUGGGAGGUCAAAGCCCAUCAAGCUGAGGGAGAAAGCAGCUCCGUUCGACUAGAACUUCUUUCUAUCGACACCGAGAGGAGGCACCUUCGUGAAAGAGUGGAACUAUUAGAAAAAGAAAUCCAGGAGCACAUAAAUGCACAUCAUGCUUAUGAAGCUCAGAUCUCGUCAAUGACAAAAGCCAUAUCUAGAUUGGAAGAAGAGCUGAGACAGCAAGAGGAUGAGAAAGCAGCAGUAUUCAGUGAUCUGUCAUCUCUCAGAGAACUCUGUAUUAAGCUUGAUUCGGGCAAAGACAUUCUGACCCAGCAAUUGAAUGCUAAAAACCUUGAAUUAGAGAGGGUUGUGGUGGAAUUAGAAAAUAUAAAAUCAGAAUCAGAGCUGUUAAAAAAACAACUGUCGAGUGAGAGACAUACAAUUAAAAACCUUGAAUCAUUGUUGGCUACAAAUAGGGAUAAAGAAUUUCAUUCUCACUUAAACUCCCAUGAGAAGGAUACAGAAAUUCAGCUACUUAAAGAGAAGUUAACCCUUUCAGAAAGCAAAUUAACUAGUCAGAGCCGGGAGAACACCAUGCUUCGGGCUACAGUGGUACAGUUACAAACCGAUCACGACACCCUGAAAAGGCAGAUUGCAACAGAAAGAUACGAACGAGAACGAGCAAUCCAAGAGAUGCGUCGACAUGGUCUUCCCACGCCACCUCUUAGUUCUACUCUGAAGUCUCCUUUACAUUCUCCUGAACACAUGAACUGACAAUUAUCAGAAAGAAUGACGACUUUCAAUGAGUGGCUGUAUGGACUUGUGAGAGGACAGAACAGUAAUGAUGUGUUUGAAGUUCCUGAAAAUCAUGAACAUUGAUACAAAUUCUACCUCUGUCAACUUUUAUUUAAAUCAGUGAAUAUUUAUGUUAAAAAUUGGUGUAAAAGAGCUAUACCUAUGUAUAUUUUCAUACAUAUGACAGAACAAAAUAUAUAUUAAUAGUGCUUACUGAUGUUAUAUCUGUAUUUUUAUUAUUCCUGACUUAAAUUACUCCUCAAAGUGUGUUUAUACUGUGAAAUAAUAUAAUGUAUUGUUCACAUUAUGCUUAAUAAUCUUUUUAUGAGCCAUGAUAUUUGUAUAUAAAUAGUCUUAUAGUACUUGUUUUAACAUGUUAUUAGUUUUCAUAUGUUUAUAAGCCAUAACUUCAACACAUGCCCAAAGGAUUAUCAACUUUGAUGUCAUGCAGUCACGCUUAGCUUUUUUGUUCUGAAUGUAAAAUUACUUGCCAAUUUGCUGUCUAUCAUUGAGGGGAAUAUAUUCAGGUCUGUUCUUACAAUAGCAGAGGUCUUGAAAGAUAACGAUUACUAUAUAUAAUUUGUUACUGCCAACUAGAAGAACUGCAAUGGACACAUUCAUAUAUUAAACACAACAUAAUUUUCGCCGUCAUGUGGACUCUUCACAAAAUACAAAUGUUAUCAAAAUCAAACUAAAGCUGCAUUCAAAACUUCGUAAAACCAUAGAACAGAAAUUUGGGACUUUUUUCAGUAAAUAAAAUUCUUCACUUGUAUUAAUCUAAAAUUUCAUAAUAUAAAGUAUUUGGGGUGAAUAUAGUAAAAUAUUUUUCUAAAAUUCCAAAUACAUUUAAUAACAUUAGAUUUUUGUUUCUAAACUGAUAUGUUGUAAUUUAAUCAGCCUUCCAGAAUGGUAUGUAAGCACUGAACUAUGGCAUAUUAAUUAGAAAACAGCUUUUUACAAUUAAAUUUUAAAGUUUUAAUUUUAAAGAAUAUAGAUAUAUGCAUAUAUUAAUAAAAUAACAGUAGUAUAAAAUAGAAAAUUGGAUACAAAAACUAAUCGUGUUUGAACUAUAUACAUUUGAAGAAAAUCCUAUUCUCUAAUAAAUUUCAUUAUGAUUGAAAAAAAAACUUUUAACAUAGGAAGUGGAAGGUCAAUUAUUUAUGAUACCUUCUGUUUCCUCUUGUGGUUUAAUAAAGGGGAGGUUGUGUGUGUGCAUUUGUGUGUACCUGGAGGUAGGUGGUGCUCCUUCUCCAAAACUACUGUGCCUUCUCUGUCUGAGUUACACCCUUUGCAGUAAUUCAGUCUGUAUUGAGUGUGAUGUGCCUUACUUUGCCACCAUCUUUGUGAUUUUAUGUAUUCCAUGUCCUUUGUGUGAAUCCAUGUAUUAUAGCAACAUACAAGAAAAAUGGACUAUUUGCAAUGUCUAAUGGAAAAUCUCUUAAUAAAUAAAUAUAUGUGAAUAAAAUAAAAAUAUUUUCCAACUUG